AUGAACAACGCCUCGCCGAUAAAGAAACGCGCCGCGCUCGCCCCCCUCGACGCGAACGCGAUGACCACGACACCGACGUCUACGAGCAAACACGCCCCUCUUCCCGGCAGCCUCAAAACAGCAGCCGCAUCGUCGGCGGCGAAUACCGCGCGGCGGUCACUUGGCUUGCUGUCCUCGGCGCCCGUGCUCGCGCCGCCCGUUGCCGCACGCCACGGCGGCGUUCCGUCAGUGGGGAUGAAGCGUUCCGGGAUGGUGCUGCACGACGAUGACGACGACAAAGACAGCAAACGUGGCCAGGAAAAGGCGGCCAAGAAGAGCAAGAUAGAUCAUGAGGAGCCGGUAGCAGCAGCCGCAGAGGUGGCGUUGGUAUCGUCGACGCAGAGCUCAACAACGACGGCAAGGAGUAGAACGCAUAGCCCAGACGUGAGCUCCGUCUUUGAUACGUCGGCCGCAGAGGACGCUACGUGGCUGACGGCGGCAACGGAGCCAGACGUGGCUGCACAAACGCCGCCGAUGGUGGUGGCGCGGCCAGGGGCUCUGACGCGGGAGCAGGCACGCGAGAAGGUCGAGAUUCUACGGCUACGCCUCGGGCUCGCGAGCUACAAGCUCCGCACGGGACAGGUCUCGGUGCCGCUCGCUGACCUCCAGGCACGUCCCCUGCCCGCCGCCGCGGGGAUAAUGGCGUCAACGGCGGAAAAUACGCCAGACAGCUCGCAGGAUGUGGCGGCGACGCGGCAAGACAACAAUGACGAGAAAGAGGAUGUGAUUGCAGAGACGCCGCCCGCUGUGGAACCAUUGCCAUCAACGUGA